UGAGCUGCGUCAAGUUCCCCGUGUCAUCAAUGGCCAGCAGAGCGAUCCAUCCAAAUGGCGUUACAUGGGCGCACUUUACCGCAAACACUUUGAUGAUUUUGAACAGGAGGAAACGCUCUCCUUUUUCUGUGGUUCUGUGGUCUGGAACGAAAACUACAUUCUCUCGGCAGCUCAUUGUUUUCAUAACUUCAUUAAAUCGCCAAGUGAUGUUCGCGUUUACCUUGGUCAUGCAGAUAGGAGCUUUCUAAUUGACGACUUUCUUUUUGAAGUAGAUGAGAUUAUUGUUCAUGAAGAUUACAACGAUCUGACGGUCACCAAUGACAUUGCUCUCCUUCGUCUCGCUAGUCCAAUUGACUUUUCUCUUUCGGGUGACAAAAUCACUCCUGUUCCACGACCUGAAUCUCUUCAUCGACUUUGCCGCUCUCGGUGCCGGGUAAUUGGCUGGGGUUCAACAGGUGUGAACACUAAAAGUGUGCUGAAGUUACGUGAAGCGGUCGUCUUUGCGGAGAGCUGCGAUCCUCAUUGCGCCAGUGGAUUCGGAAAGAUUCAGGCAGGUGAUCAUCUUGUUGAAAAGGAUGCGUGUGGCGGAGAUUCGGGAUCAGGACUGAUGUGCCCUUUAGAAGAGGAUCCUCAACGAUACAGUCUUGUCGGACUCACCAGUUACGGCGAUAACUGCUCCGAGGGCAUAACUAACUGGGGAACUUACACGUUUGUUGAGCACUAUCUAGAUUGGAUUGCCAUGCAAACUGGAGAACCGGUUGUAAAGGUGACCAAAAGUUUCACUGAAGUUNUAGUUACGGCGAUAACUGCUCCGAAGGCAUAA